CCAUGUCGGUCACAAUCAACUCGUCUGCUAUUUCAGAUCCGCAUCCACCAGUAUUUUUUAUAAGUUACUGUUUAGUUAAGACUAUUAGUUAACAACGCAAAAAUGAUUAGAUUUACUGUAAAUAUUUUAAAACAAAUGUCAUUCACCUGUGUAACGAGAUUGACGAGUACUCCAAACGACAGCUUACUUUAUUUGGUUAGAUCGUUGUACAUAACCUCCAAUGCAAGUGCAGAAAGGAGAGAUUUGAGAACUUACAGAAUGUCAAUGGGAAAACCUAAUAAACUUGCUAUUGCUGGUGAACAGUCUGUUGAAAUUGACAACCUUGGUGACCAGAAUGAUCUCUUUCCUGACAUAAAUACUCCAAACAGACUAUUCGAUGGAAUUCCAUUUAAAGAGUUACCUAUCUUUAAUAUUAAAUGUUGUCCUAACAACACAAUUAUAACUCUCACAGACUUUAAAGGAAAAGUACACAUUAUCAGAUCAUGCGGUAUUGAAGGUUUCAAAACGGCCAAAAAAGGAACAAAUAUCGCAGCACAAACAACAGCAAUUUCAAUGAGUGGAAAAGCAUUGGCACUUGGUGUCAGGACAGCGAGAGUCAGGAUACAAGGAUUAGGACCUGGUCGUUUGGCUGCAGUGAAAGGUCUUCAAAUGGGUGGUACAAACAUAGUUUCAAUUACAGAUCAUACUCAUGUAUCAUGGAACCCACCAAGACCAAGAAAACAGAGAAGAGUUUAAUCUAGUUAUUUACUAUGCUGCAAUAUAUCUUAUAUUUGAGUGGAAAUUGCGAGAAAAAUAAAGAACAAUGAACUUUCCUAAGAAUCAAGUAUUUGACUCUAGUCUAGUUCCCGGAUACAAUGGAGUAGGUACAUGGGAAUACAGACUUUCUGCAGUCAAUUUGUAGAUACCAAAGAAGACAAGCCUAUACAUCAAUGUGAAGUGAGCAAUAGAGAUAAGCUCGGGACUCUCUCCGAGCCAUCCCCAGCCAGCAGCAAUGGCACUUUGACCAGUGAAAGUACUGUGACCAACAUAACCCUCAGCCAAAGGUAAACAAGCUGGUUGAACGCUUUCAGACCAUUCGAUC